AUGGGGCAGAUCGAAAAAGACGCGUUUUGGGUAGCUCAGCUAGGACUUGUGUCUCUGUGUUAUGAGUUUGGUUCUUUUCCUAAGAAUCUGAUUCCUCCUUGUAUUCAUUCGAUGGGACGAGAAGAAAGAGCCCCAGUACACGACCCAGCAAGAGGAUUCGACAUUGAUUUCACACAGUUCCGCUCUGUUUUCAAUUACCGGCCUGUUAAUUUAGACUGUAACGAGUAUGCUAUGGAACCAGAAACCACCAGAGAGUUACUCAAGAGGCUUUCUAAAAACUCCCUAAAGAAGUACAACAAUGAAUGGUUUACAAAAUAUGAGUUUCUCAAGGUUGUCAAAGCCAAUUAUUACAUGUGUUCUGGUGUAAUGUUUUUCAUCACCUUUGAGGUUAGAGAUCCUUACGACAACCUGCCCAAGCUCUUCCAAACUAGGGUCCGCGAUUAUUUUGGGGUUAAGGAAUUCCACAUAUUAUGCAGACCAAAACCCAAUCAAGCAGUCAAAUGCGUUGGAACUGUCAAGUCCCCAAAAAGGUACCUAGACCAGUUGAUGCAUCUCUUCCCUUACUCUUCUUGUUCGAAUCAUAUUGGCAUAGGAUGCUUAUGCGGUAUCCAUUGGCUAUGUGGUGAGCACAAGUAG